GUUCCACCCCGCAAGGUACAAUGUCGGGGAAGGCUAUCGUGCCAACAGGCACCAAGGUGCCCGGCGCGAGGCGCUCCAACUCGCGAGAAAAUACGACGGUGGUCGCUAGCAUCGGCGCCGACGGCCACACCUACUACCCUAUCAUCAUCUACAAAGGCCAGCGUAUGCAACCCGCUUGGAUCCAGGACAAGAACGGCGUCCCCGACGCGAAGUACACCGUCACGGAGUCAUCCUUCAUCCAGAGCCACGUGUUCCUCGACUACCUUCGAGACCUCCGCGAACAGCUCGAUGCACGCGGCUUGGAGGGAAAAGUUGCCCUUGUGCUCGACGGCCACGCCUCGCACACGACCUUCGACGCCAUUAGCUUGGCCAUAUCUCUGGACAUCGACCUCUUCCAGCUCCCGU